CCCUCCCUCUUCCCUUCGGUGCGUCUCGGUCCGCCCGCAGCAGUGUCCUUCCCGGCGAGGUUUCACUACAGAGAUGGCUGCGAAAGUGUGCAGAUCAGUACUCCUGUUGUCCCGGAGCAGCGGAGCGGUGGCCGGCAGCCUCCCCGCACUUGUUGUCUCUUCACAGCGACAUCAUCAGCACAUAAGACCGCAGGAGGUACUGUCUGCUCCUUUCACCCGUCAGACUGUCAGGAGAGCACAUGGCCUACGGUCAGCAGCCCACUCCACACUCUUCACUCAGCCUCCCACUGCCCUGUCUUCACAGGUUUGGAGGGGCGCCCCCUCAUGGCAUGGCCAGAGACUGUUGUGUUCCUCGGCUGCUCCACAAGAGGUGACAGUGGCGUAUCAGAACGGACUGCCGGUGAUCUCAGUCAGUUUGCCAUCCAGGCGAGAGCGCUGUCAGUUCACCCUCAAGCCUCUCAGCGACUGUGUAGGAGUUUUCCUGCAACAGCUCCAGGCAGAGGACAGAGGCAUUGACCGGGUAGCCAUCUACUCCACGGAUGGAGCGAGGGUGGCCUCCUCCACAGGCAUAGACAUCUUGCUGCUGGAUGAUUUCAAGCUUGUCAUUAAUGACACCACACACCUCGUCCGGCCACCAAGGAGAGAGCUGCUCCCCCAUGAGGAGGCAGAAAGGCUGAAUGAUGUCAAGUUUCUGGUGCAGCAACUCUACACCACCCUGCGCAUCGAGGAACACCAACUCGGCAAAGAACGUGAGCUGAUUGGACGACUGGAGGACCUCAACUCUCAACUCCGCCCCUUGGAAAAGGUGAGGGAGGAGUUGAGUAAGAAGGCAGAGCGGCGUACCACCUGGGUGCUGUGGGGCGGCAUGGCGUACAUGGCCACCCAGUUUGGCAUCCUGGCCAGGCUCACCUGGUGGGAGUAUUCCUGGGAUAUCAUGGAGCCUGUCACCUACUUUAUCACUUAUGGCACAGCCAUGGCCAUGUACGCCUACUUCGUGCUUACACGGCAGGAGUAUGUUUACCCCGACGCUAGAGACAGACAGUAUCUGCUGUUCUUCCACAAGGGGGUGAAAAGGACACGCUUCGACAUUGAGAAGUACAACAAGCUGAAGGAUGAUAUCGCUGAGGUGGAGUUGGAUCUGAAGCGUCUUCGGGACCCGCUCCAGCUCCAGCUCCCAGUUCAGCAGCUCACCGCCAGUAAAAAUUGAUGGGAAGAGUGACUCCCUCCCCUCUCAGCUCCUACAACCUCCUUUUCCGUCUUCCCUCCUGCCAUCCAACACCCUUCUCCCUCCCCCUUUUACCCCUAACUAUUUCCCUAGACUCCUCCCUCCCCUGUCCCUGCCCCAUCCCUCCCACACCAAAUAAUCCCAUCCCUUUUUUGACUGUGGGAGUUAGUUUUUUCUGGGUUUUUUUCUUUUUUUCUUUUUACUUUCCUGACUGAAAACUCCAGUUGGAAUUGCAAGUGAAAACCGCUAAAAGACGAAGACGAUGGUGAUGGUGAGAAUACCGGGAACUAAAAAACUCUCACAGCCGAAGGAUGGUGAGGAUGAUGAAAAGGACAGUGAUGAUGAUGGAAUGAAACUGGGCACUAUGGAUAUGCCUCAAGUCUUCGGAGGGACAGCCUGCAGGGAACUCCAGGGGGCAAACAGGAAUUAUCACAACUCUAGACACUCCAGAACAGAGGACAUGCAGAGGGGCAGUGUGUGUGUGUGUGUGUGUGUGUGUGUGUGUGUGUGUCUGUCUGUGUGUCUGUGUGUCUGUCUGUCUGUCUGUCUCUGUCUGUGUGUGUGUGUGUGUGUGUGUGUGUGGGACUUUCAGGGCACACUGGGACACCGACCCUGCCCACUCUGCGGGUCGACACAGCAGUGUAGUCCUGCUUCUUCUAGCAGUCAAACUGUCAACACACACACCUACUCUUGGUUGGGGCAGACUCCAGGGAGAGUUUCUAUCCCACACGUUAAAGUUUACAAGGAAGUCCUGACAGUCGCACCAUCAGGGGGACCUUCGUCUUCCUGUGGCUGAACUCUGCUGCCUCUCCCUUCCUGGGCCACGCCUUCUCCAGGUGACGGACAGCUGUCCCUCCCAGUGUGACCUUUGUCAGGAACCUGUCUCGACUCGCAGGAUAUAGGCAUGACGAUGCUUCGUUUCCUCUUCCUGUUGAUGUCCUGUAGCGGCCCGGUCUGUCUGCGCAAGUAUGAGAGUACAACCGACAACAACAUCACUGUGUGUUCUUUUAUUCCAAAAAAAAUAUUUUGGCACUUUUUAUUUUGAAAGCCAUAGUAUAUUUGUUAUGAAAAGAAUAUAAAUAUAUAUAUGUAUACAAUCAAAUAAACAGAUGACCAGAGGCUAGUUUUUGUCAGUGGGGGGAGGAACUCUCUUAUAAACAUCAUUUCAUCAGAAACUCAUUUACAUCCUCUGAAGAUCUCCUGAAAUGAAGAAACCCUCCCCCCACCCCAACAGUCCAACGCACACGUUGUCACAUACGCACACACACAAAGAGCAUUAUACUGUAUGCAUUUACUACCUUGGACUAACUAUUUCAUAUCUUUUCAUGAUAAACACACACAGUAUAGUUCACGGUAACUACGUCCAGGUUGGACGUAAGGCUCCUGUGCAUGGCCAACAAAGGCGGGGGGGAAAUGUUGAAGCCAAAUCGGGGUGAAAAUGGCUUUGAUUGGAAUCGAUUGUUUUUGAGCAAAACAGAAUAUCGACGUGGAUAAUGCCAUGCUUGGCCUCUAUGAUAAUUUCAUGAAUACAGAGAUAGCUGCGGAAAUGUUUAACAUAAUGAAGGAACAUUGCCUCAGACAAACCUACAGGCAUGUUACAGUUUAAUAUAUCUGAUGAACUGAAUGGCUUUAAAAAAGAAAAGUAAAGCCGCAGUAUACAGGAGCAGCAGAAUUUGAGUAAAUUGCCUGUAGUUUAAUAUCCCUAUAUCCCAAUAUAUUUGUUUCCUUUUCCAAUUGAAAGCACUGUUGUUGGAGGUGUAAAAUGACCAUUUUCAAUGACCUGGCCUUAUGCUUAGCAGCAUGUGAUGUGCAUUUCAGUGUCUGAUUUUUUUUAGAAUUCUUCCUCAUGAAGCUUUUAGACAAAAUAAGAAAAGGCUACAUCUAAAAAAAAAAAAAAAAAAGAAGUGUCAUGGCAUCAAUUCACAGAGGCUUUUUUCAUCCUGAAAUAAAGGCAGAGUUUUCUCCUCCCACUGUUGCUGUAAUGCCCCCCUGCUCCCUCGAUGGCAAGGCAGGGUAGACUGCAUGCUGUGGUAUGCCCUCAGUAGAAAUUUGUGAAUGUGUAGGAGCAUUAUUGCAAUUUUGUACUUAAUUGGACACUUUUCUUUGCCGCAUCUAGCUGAAGUCUCUCAUCCCCCCGAUUGGUUAAAUCAAAGGUUAUAGAAGCCAUAUGUUUUUGUUGUCCAUUUUUUUGGGAUAGUCACUGAAUAAACCUUUGUCAGCUUCACUUAGUUUUCUGUUCAGGGUGAGGAUUGGUGGCCCUUUCUCCGGCCCCAGUUACGUCUCAAAAGCCAGUUAUUUUCACUCUGAACUGCUGUAGAGCACCUCUGCAGAGGGGAAGCACAAUGACAUGACAUCCCUGCACAUCUAAUUCAAGAUCAUCUCCUGCUUGUGUGUCUCGUGUGGACAGUUGGCUGAAUCCUACUGAAGAGAUCCUUGUGUUUAACUGCAGAUUUUCUAUUAAAAUGCAUGAUUUUAGGUCAAAUCAAAAGUUAGCCCUGCAGAUCUCAAGGCAGGAUUUGGUCUAAUCUGUUACUGUGUGUGUGUUGUAUCUCCAAGGGAAAUGGUGCCUUUUGGAUGAUUGAUGAUGUUAACAGUAAAGACAAUGUAGCAAUUUGGUAAACAGCAAUGAUGAGGUCAUUGUGAAAGUUAAUCUCUUAUUUGGAAUGACACCUUCACAUAAAGGAGGGUUAAAUUUGAAUGUGGUGGGAAUUAAUCUUGCUGUGUGCCUGUGAACACAUGUGUUGACAAGUGUGAGUGCGCUGGGGGAAAAGUUCAGAUCACCAUAUUCAUGAAACCUUUGACCCUAAUCACUGCCUUGUCAAUAGCGGUAAAAAAUAAAUUCCGCCCACAUCCCACUUCAUAGCAGUCAUUAGCUUUAAACUUGUUUUUCCUGAAUAGGCCAAUUUACACACAGAAUGACACACACACACACACACACACACACACACACACACACACACACACACACACACACACACAGUGACGACGGUGUUUCCUUGGAGAUGUACUGUGGGAGGUGAGAUAGUUGAGGCCUCUGUCUGCAGUCCAAUCCUCCCCUCUGCUGUUUCUACACUUCUCUCCAUCAUCACCUCCUCCUUUUUAUCAUGCCAUCCACCGUUUAUUGCCUUUGUUCUUUUCCUAGUUUAUUUUUUAAAAGCAAAAAUAUAUCAAAUAUGGGGAAACUUUAUUAUAAAGAGGGUGUUGCAUGAAUGUAUGUUUACAUGAGAAAUUAUGUGAAAAUAAAAAAGAUGAUUUAUCAAAAAAAAAAACCUGCAAAGAUAAUUUAAGAACGUUGUUUGUAGAGAUUCCUAGUUAUAAAGGGGCAGUGGACAGGGCUGCUUCUUUAGAAUCUGCCCUGCCAAAUCUGACUUAAAUCCCAGCCAACCAACUGCUCAAACCCCAUCAAAACCCCACUCCCAUCUUCACCUUACCCUCAGUGUGCAUCUAUACUCCCCAAUAAAUGGAAAAACAACCUCCAUCCUCAGUGCACCUAUAAAAGAGGAGACCUCUUGACCUCAGUUACUAACGUCCUGGAUUUGAGUCCAAAGGAAAAGUGUCAGGCGUACUCUGUUAGCUUAUCGGGGAACACCUCCCAUUCUCGUCCCUCUCUCCUGUCAUUUUCAUCCUGCCUCAGCCUUUUUUCUCCAAAAUCACAUUAUUAUUCUGUUUUGAAUGUGUGUUAUGUUUUGAGUACCUAGUUUGUGUGCAUUUACAAUGCCUGACGAGUGAAGCAGAAUAUAGGAUUGAAAUGAUCUUGUUCUCCAUUCUGACCUCUUAUUUUAUUUACUUUUUUUUCCUUCUGUUGACAUAUGAUGCUGUAAUGUUGGCAAAAAAGAAAAUGUAAAAUCCUGUAUCAUUUAUGAAAUAUGUAUAAAAGAGAUAUGUAAUUCAAUUAUCAAUAAAAUCCUUAUCCAGUUUUUGGAA